GUGAACAUGCCAAAACAAAUAAUAUGAACUAUGAGGGUAAAGUGACUGCGGUGAAUACUACAACAUGGACGUUUCAACUCGAUCACAAAUUAAUAAUAUACAUGGGACUUGCGGCCUCUCAAAGUCGGGAAGUGCUACUGCCAGAAAUUGGGGAACGCAUCAAGAUUUACAAUGCCCAUUACGUGAUCAACAAGGCGCUGAGCUUGGAAGCGCUAUUCUUAUGCAAAAGAUCUAGGAUUACUAGCAAUUAUGGUCAUACGUUUACGUCCGAAAGUGAACUUUUGGCGUCGAUACGUAGACACAAAUUAGGCUGUGCCGAUGUAAAGGCAGUAGUGGAGAAUCUCGAAAUAAUCACAAGUAGACUAAGUGAUUUUACAUCGAACAGUCCAGAGCAGGUGAUGUGCAAUGUUGUCGACGUAAUCGCAUCGGACAAAGCAGUUAAGAAUCGACACACUUGCUUGAAUACGAUAUUAGCACCGUUCGCUUUGAAAACGAUAUCGGAUUAUCGAUUCAUCGACGCAGAUCCGGACAAACCGAAGAAAAGUCCACCGUGGUCUUUCGGUGCACAUUCAAAACGGAAGGAGUACGACAAACUGGUCGGCUACCUCAAAAUCAACAAGAGAUACGGAAUUAUUCUACUGCACGACGCUCAACAUUGCGUUCCGUGCGUGAUCACGAACCGAAAUCACGUCGAUCUGUACGAUUUAACCAAUCGGCUUGUGGUCAUCGUUGAGUUUCGCGUUUUCACCGAGACCUUUAGAGAGGCAGACGUUCACAAUGUUGAGUACAUUCUCUUCGACGUUGCCGAUACGUUUGUGUUAAAGAAGGUGAGCACGAAUGAUGUCGAAACCGUACGAGAUAUUCUACUGAAGGAGGUUCGUGAGGAUAUUCCAUACGUGUACUCGUUUAAGUUUAAACUUCACAGAAAGGGAACGGUGAACGUUAAUCGGAGCGAGCAAAUCGAGUGUUGGUUAGAGGUUUUUGUGCCGGAACGAAACGAAGAUCUCUACCUGGGUUUGAACGCGCACCAAGUGCAACUAGUGCCCUUGCUAGUUACGGGCGAAACCUAUCAAGUGUACCACUCGGAGAAGCUGAUUAGUCAAAACCGUAUCGAAUUGGCACGCCUGAAACAGUUGGACGCGAGGAAAUUUCAAGAGAAAACCGCCAUAUUUGUCAAAUUGUCACGUGAGACAGCCGAUUCCGCUUUGACCGUAUCCGAGACCGUGGAGAAACUCAAAUGUUCCAACGACUUAAUCUCGUUCAUCGGAACGCUACAUUUGAAAACGUUCGUCCCGCCGCUUUCAUCGAGAACGAAGGCGCCGAUUGUGGGGUCGUCGCAAUUCGGGACGCCAGGUUCGUAUACGCACACGCUAACGUUUCAAGAGGACGAGUCGCAGUUGGUGCUGUAUUUAAAUAAUUGGGAAAGCCUGCGGAUGCCUUUCGGUUUGGUGCCCGGUAUGCGAAUGUGCGUAAAAAACGUACUGCCUCAGAGUAGGAAAUAUUUGAAAUCGACUGCAUUGACCCGUUUCGACAUUCUCAGCUAUGAAGCACCUGUACUCUUCGACACUGUAAAUUUAUGCAAAGAUGUGCAAGCGUGCGAUAAAUACUCGUACAUCGGAUGGGGAAACUUGAUACCGGCCAGUGUCUUAAUCUGGGCGCGUAUUACGACAAUUUACAUCCGCUCACUGAAGAUCGUCUCCAAAUGCGAGGUCGCGGAGUGCAGUUGCGGCGACGAUACCUGCAUCGACGUCACCAUAACAUUUUACGCCCAUGACGAAAUGGGCGCCGCUCUCGUGAUCAGCAAAUCCUUGGAACUACUACGUCUUCUUCUAGGGUUAGAACUAAGCCAAUGGAAAACCUGGUGCGCGGCCUUUAAAAUGGUUAAGAGGUACACGUACAACGAUUGCGACGAACUUGUCUCGGACGAUGUCGAACGGAAGCUGUUUUGUGAUACAUUAAAUUUAAUAGUUCAAACGGUGCGGAGUGGAUACUGAAGUUCGAAAUGAUUUCAAACAAACAAAAAUCACUUGGCCGCCACCGAGCCCAUCGGCCGCCGGUACAGACACCUGGAGGCACCUGCGCCCGGUGAGUCCCAACAUCCCACUUCACGGCAACAAAAUGCAACUGUU